AUGGGGCACCACCAAGACUUGGGUCUAGACCAAGUGCGCCUGGAAGCUGCCAAGGAAUGCGGUGAUGGCUACGUCUUGGAACCUCCGGAGAGCAUUGACGCUGCUGUGGUUUACAAGUUGUACCGCGGUGCUACUGGGGAGGUAAACGGGCAGGCUCAGCGAGUGUGGGUUGACUUCCCUUCGUUGCACUUGAGCUGGGCGCCCUAUGACACGCCGGCCCAAAAGCAGUGCCGCCUGUCGCUCCUUGACGUGGCAUCCUGCACGGCCACUUCGGCCUCGUCUGGCAAUGGGCACGGCGACGUCCUUUGCAUGGAACUUUGGGGCCAUCCACCAGUUCGCAGCACUCGCGAAGCAGAGAGAACUGGGAGCAGCUAUGGGAUCUGUCAGCGCGAUACGCUACUUUUGGCAGUGGAGGCAACCGCCUACGCAAUGCAAGGCUUCGCAGAGUCUUUGGAGAAUCUCUUGGCCAGUCGGGACAAGGAGGGCAAGAGCAAGCUAGAGUUCAUCCAGAGAUCACUUUUCCAGUACCUUUGGCGACAUCAGGGCGUCCGCUUAGCGGAGAACUCUGAGCAAGCCUUGUACGAGGCCCAAGCAGUGCUGGCUUUCAACCUCGAUCCCAAGGAAGGUGUCAAGUACCUCAAGGGUAAGCUUGGCAAAUCCAGCUCGCUCGAGGUGGGCCAGUGGCUGGCGCAGAUGUCCACGGUCAAUGGAGGCCUGGACCCAACCCUGUUGGGAAACUAUUUUAGUCGGAGAGAUUCUCUCGAGGUCUUCAGGGAGUUCGUGUGCUGUCUGGACUUCGCAGGGAUGAACUUGGUAGUGGCUUUGCGGAAGCUUUUUGAUACCUUCAAACCAGGCGGGGAGAGCCAGGUGAUCAACAGAAUACUUGAGCUGUUCGCUGACGCCUACUUUUUGCAGUGGUCGAAAAACAAGGACAAGUCUAUUCCGGAAACCGCAUACGCAGCUGCCGAUAGCGUUCUCGCAACAGCUUUCAGCCUCAUUAUGCUGAACACCUCACUUCAUGUAGCCUCCAAGAAGGCCGGCAAGUCGCCCUCUGCCUCGAUGACAGCGACGGAGUUCGUGGAAAACACGCGAAGGGUUGUCAGCGAAGAAGAAGUUCCCGCAGCCGCCUUGCGCCAGUUCUACGCGGAUGUUAAGAAGGCCGAAAUGUCCAUGCAGCCCAUGCCGCGCGUGGCUUUUUCUAGGUUGCCUGUGCAGCCAGACAUCGAGGGCUGGCUGAUUGUGCUCCUCGGCGCUGAGGACCAAAGGCGGUUUUGGGCGGUACUGGCACUUCAACGGUUGUACCUUUUCUCGGACAACAGCGAUGUGGAUCCUGCGGAUGCGUGUGACCUCAAGGAUGCCAGCGCUGGCAAAAUCCUUGACGACGCCGAUGCAAUGGAGCGUUACCAGAUGCUGCAAGGAAGAGGAAAAGGCAAAUGCUUCUGCUUCCCUCGCUCAGGCCGUGGGCUGGCUGACCCGGACAUGGAGCGGCGUGCUUUUGCCGUCAAUCAGAAGUCUGAUGGUACAUGGCUCUCCCAGCUCGGGCAUCCCAGUUCACAAUUGAUCCUCGUGGCGGAGUCGAGCGAUUUGAUGGAGAAGUGGGUGAGCCUCAUCGACUGUGGGCCAUAUUGA